UCUAUCGGAGAGUUUGUUCUUACCGAGUCCAACUUCUCGAUAAAGCCACGCGGCAAGAUCUACAGUCUGAACGAGGGAUACGCGAGUAUCUGGGAUCCGGCCGUCACCGAAUACGUGCAGAGCAAAAAGUACCCCAAGAGCGGUAAGCCGUACGGAGCUCGGUACAUCGGCUCCAUGGUGGGAGACGUGCACAGAACCCUGUGCUACGGAGGUAUCUUCAUGUACCCGGCGACGAAGGACAGUCCCAACGGCAAGCUGCGGCUGCUAUACGAGGGUAACCCGAUGGCGUUCAUCGUAGAGCAGGCCGGCGGAAUCGCCAGCAACGGCCACAUCAACCUCCUCGACAUCGUGCCGACGUCGAUCCACCAGAGGGCGCCGGUGUUCCUCGGCUCUCGCGACGACGUCCAGGAGGUGCUCGACCUGUACAAGAAGCACGGCCUCUGAGCGUCGUCCGGCACGAAGGUGUAUAGGGGGCGCCACGUGUACGCCACGUGCACGCGCCUCUCGUUUGAUUAGGAUCGGUACUAUCAACCGACAAGUGAACAUUCUUAUUGAGUAGUGAACUUCCAGACCGAGAACUAACCCUUCUCACAGAGAAAUGAACCUUUUACGAAGUUAACAUUCUACGGAGUGAACAUUUUCAGCCAGUAAUGAACCUCGAAGACCAAGAAGUGAACAUUCUACGGAGUGAACAUUUUCAGCCAGUAAUGAACCUCAAAGACCGAGAAGUGAACCUUCUAUGGAGUGAACAUUUUCAGCCAGUAAUGAACCUAAAAGACCGAGAAGUGAACCUUCUACGGAGUGAACCUCGUUAGCCAGUAACAAACAUCAAGUCAACGAGAAGUGAACCUUCUCUGACAACUUCCAUCCGUAGUUUACGCGAGACUCUUAGAUUGUAAUUUCUCUCGGUAGAUGACGCCGGUGGUCGUGGCGGCGCAGUCUCUUACGUGAGCGAGGCCGCGCCGACGCGCCGCCGUGGUCGCUGGUGCAAGAAAAAAAAACGAGUAAAGAAGAGUUGUGACUAGGCGACCGGCCGAAGUUUUGGCACAGCGCCAACAUGCGGUGGCGGCGGAUCGGGGGAACGGUCGCGAAUUUCGGAUUUCGUCCGGGCCAUCCAGGCUUCGAUCCGCCGUCGCCGCGACGACGUCUGCGCUCGUGCCGCGUUCGGAAGAGUUCGAUCACAUAGCUUGAUUAUGUUGUGUUGCUAGCGUUUUUUUUUUACUACUAGAGAGCUGAGCAAAACCUGGAAGCAAUAGAUGGCUAGCGCGCUUAAAACGACAUGGACAUCUUUCACAUUUCAUGCGCGAGAAUGAGCGAAAACCCUCAAUUUUUCGCUCCGAAAAGAUUUAAGUUUUUCGCAUAAAAAAUGGUAAAAAAACGUAGGUGGGUGGAAUCGAGCAUUAACGGGGAAUCCGCUGCGGCUGUCUUUUCUCUAGCGAUCUAUAUACGUGAGGGGAUCUUUUCUCCGGCGAUCUAUAUACGUGAAGGGGUCUUUUCUCCAGCGAUCUAUAUACGUGAAGGGGUCUUUUCACCAGCGAUCUAUAUACGUGACUACGUGAGGGGAUGUUUUCUCCGGCACGCUUGAACGUGAGGGGAUCUUUUCGCAAACUCACACGCGAGGGGAUCAGGAUGUGGAAUCGGCAGCCGUAGAUGCGGACAUCUCUCGUUAAUGCUCGCUCGUCGUUGCAACAGUUAAAGACGAGAGGGUUGGGUCGUCGUCGUCGGCAACAUCGGAUGCCGGACUCUCUCUCGUUGGUGAGCCCUGUUGGCAACGUGCUGGUAGAAGAAAAAAUGAAAAACUUAUUUCUAGGGAAAAAUCGAAAGAAAGUUGGCUGCGUAGUGGACCCUGAGUUUAUUAGUAUCGUUACAGCAUUAUUGCAGAUUUCUAAUUAAUUUGUUUUUGUUUAAUUGAUUGCGUAGUUUAGUUUGUCGUACUGACUUCGGAGAUCAUUGAUCGAUCGAUUUAUUUUCCCAAUAACCUCCGGUAGAUCUAACGUUAGUUUACAGUAUUGUUUGUAGUACUUCGUAAGUACUCGAGCCACGAUGAAGUUUGCUCAAUUUUUUUGCUUAAAAGCUAAUCUCCUCCUCUUCACCCUAGACACGCGGCGUGCCUCCCUCGCGCAGGUGAUGUAGAAGCAUGAGACGCGUGUUCCAUCAUGGCGGUAAUUAAGUGAGAUUCCAUCGCGUAAUCAUCGCUGGCAAAUUUAGCAACUUGUUCGCUAGUUUGGCGUUAUUGCGACGAUGAUGGCGAAAUAAGAGGGUGAGGGAUCGUUAGUUAGGGACGGUGGAGGGAGGGGGAGGAGAGGAAGGAAAAUUCAUUCGUAGUCAUAAUUGCUUAUAUGAGAUAUUGCUUAUAUGAGGCUAUCCCUGUGAUUUAUGAACUCUCACGCGGUGCUAGAAGUGCCGUGUUCUAACCAUAUGUUUCUAACACCGGUGCUGCCAUGUAGCGGCAGCGUAUGCAACGUCUAUUAUAUCUAUAACCGGUGAUCUAUAGCGAGUGAUUCUUCGAAUAAAAAACAUCAACUAAUGUGGUAUAAAACUA